CCGACCAGUAGUCUUCCGAGUCCUGCGGGGACUGCAUCGCCUUAGCAACCGCCAGUAGGCAGAAAAGCUCCGCUGGAUCUGAAGGUGGUCAGUACCAACAACCUUCUACGAGUGCCAGCGACCUCUCAGGUCUGGCCAUGGAGUUCACGCCGCCCACAGCCGAACAAAUUGUCCGAGCUCGUCAGAACGUCGGUGCCGACGAAAACAGCAUUAAGGAGGCCAAGGAGAUUCUCCUAAGCUGGCUGAAGACACAGCCGCAUUUGCCCGAUGCCAUAGAUGAGGUUCGGCUGGAGCGGCUGUACAUCAACUGCAAGUGCAGCCUGGAGCGCACCAAGGUGGCGCUCGACGCGUACUUCUCGCUGAGGAGUCGCCUGCCGGAGUUGCUGCAGGAGAGGGACCUGCUGCGGCCCGACGUGCAGGCCAUGGCCCAACACGUGAUGCUUUUUCCGAUGCCACGACUCACACCAGAGGGGUACCGUGUCCACCUGUCGCUGGGGGCAGUCAGUGAUCUGUCAAAAUAUAACCCGGACGCAUACGUCAAGCUGUUCCUGAUGAUGCUGGAGGUGCGCCUGGCUGAAGACCUGACGCCGGGCGACGUCUACGUCAUCGACUGCGGCCAGUUCACCAUGGCCCACAUUGCCUCGUUCGGACCGGCGCGAGUGCGCAAGAUAGAGAUGUGUGUCAGGACGGCGUACUGCUCUCGAAUAAAGGCACUCCACUUCGUCAACAUGUCACAAGUUGUUGACUUGCUGUACAAGAUUGUUGUCAACACUUUUUCGUCAAAGCUUGCUAAAAGGGUGCACGUGCACUCCAAGGCGGCCAACGCACUCCUGGACCACUUGCCGGCGGAGUGUCUGCCAGACGAGCUGGGCGGCAACGCCGGGCCUGCCAGAGAGAUUUGGGAAGCGUGGCACUCGAAGCUGUUGUCGUACAGGGACUGGUUCCUGAAGCAGGACAGCGUGACGUCUGACGAGACAAGGCGGCCUGGCAAGGACCCCUACGGCGAAGGACUUUUCGGCUGUGAAGGGUCUUUCAGAAAAUUACAGCUGGACUGAUAAGCGCUAGGGCAGGAGGGGCCUCACACACAUUCGGGUUGCAUACUCUUGCCGUUGAGUAGCAUCGAUAUACGCUUCACUUCCUGCAUUUAUCAAAAUAAGGCACGCACCAUUCCUACAGAUAAAAAAGAAAACGCACAAGGAUAAGGAAUGUAUUUAUUUAUAUUUGCUAUAGUGAAUAAAAAUAACGUUUCUCAACAAACGCUUUUGUAAGAACGUAAGUGUAAACUUAGUCACCAAUAUUUGGUAAAAAUUUAACUGUGGUGAUGGUGUACUACCCUUGAAAAGUUUCCAGGAGGACAACUAUAAUAUGACCGAUUAAGAACAUAUGUAAUCUCUAUGAGAGUUCAGAACCAUCUACGUAAGUGAUAGACACGUAGACGGUAGCUUAGAGAACAUGGUCGUUAUAUGCGUAAAACCAAAUGUUGUACUACAAAAUAUGGAGAAAAAUACAGUUUAAAGAACUGUCAACGAGAUAAAAAUAAGCUCUUUGUACAAACCAACAUCACUUCCCUAACGUACGUUCGUUCCCUUUUAAAUGAACCUCGUAAGUCAUAAGGAAACGAAAACUGACUUAGUAGGUGAGUAUUCCGCAGCUGUUUGGCGACGGUGUACACUUAUUUGUCAAAAGAUAAACAAAAUCGAAUACUGACGUUCAGUUGGACCACAAAGGAAAUUAUUGCAGAUAACCUUAGGACAGAUACCAAAUGUUUACUGACAACAGACAGAGAAGAUUGGGAUGGCGUAUAAAAUAUAAGAAGUUACACAUGAACUUACAUGAACUCAGUGUUCUCACAUUUCAGUACCCGCCAUGUAACGGAAUUUAGCAGAGCUAUAAUAAAAACGUAAAAAUUACAUUAACAUCAACUUAUUUUACAAAAUUUAAUUAUUUGUUAAUAAAUAUAUCAAUUACUAAGUAAUUUACAUUUCAUUUCUUUGUGCUAAAGAUGUUUAAUACUAUUUACAGCAUAGCA